AUGUUAUGCCAACUUCACCCCCUCGAGAUUAACCCCAAAACUGGGGAACCAUUCCUCCGGCUUGGAGCACCAUACCAGAAUAUCAUUCUCACCCCACCUCGACAGGGAGAUCAGUCCGCACUCAUACAGCAUAUGAACGAUCCGGCUAUUUACAGAUGGUUAAAUAAACCUCCAGUGCCAUUUCUCCUGGAACACGCGGACGCUCGGCUUCAGUUUGUAAAAGGGGAAUCGGAUGCUACUUUGGAAUUUCUACGAAAGAGCGCGCAGGAUUUCCCUGAUGGCCCGCUUCAGUUCGUGGAUGCAUGCCCUGUGCGGUAUCUUAGGGAAGUCAAAGAGGACGGGACGGACGUCCUUCUAGGAGAUGUGGGUUUCAGAAGAUGGAAGCAAACGCAGGAAGAUGAUGCGAAAAAGCAAGCAGGCGACCCAACGAUUCAGUAUGCUAUUGGAGAUUGGCUUGCUGUGAGCCACCACGGAAAGGGUAUCAUGACUGCAGCGAUCGGUCUCUUGAUGACCGCUUGGGCAAUUCCUAGGAUGGGAGUCCGCUAUGUUGUAGCGCACACUCUUGCUGGGAAUAUUGGUAGUGACAGAGUUUUGGAGAAGAACGGGUUCGUGAACAUAGGGGUGUUCUACAACAAGAAGAUAGCUGGAGGAGAGGGGAAGUUUCUGACCUUUCUUGAGUGGAGACACGAGGAGGUUAGUAUAAACGAGACGUGA